AUGGAUGAUGUUGCCAAUGGCAAGAGCCUCGAAUCUCUGCAAAUAUCAUCCAUCGACUAUGAUGUGGAUGUAGGCGAUCCCCAAAACGACGGCGUUCGAGAUGACGUAAGCGACGAGGAAGACGAAGAAGAUCGAUUACCGGUAACUUUGGGGCUUCCGGAGAAGCCAAAGAACUCAUGGGCAUUGCUCCGGCAGUAUUUCCCGAGCAAAGCUGGUGGCUUUCCGGCAUGGUUGGAUCCUAUACAUUUGCCUUCAGGGAAGUCCAGCCUUUGUGAUUUCUGUGGUGACCCUUUGCAGUUUCUGCUCCAGGUUUAUGCACCUUUGUCCGAGGAGGACUCGACAUUUCACCGGACAUUGUUCGUUUUCAUGUGUACAUCAAUGACCUGUCUUCUACGUGAUCAGCAUGAACAAUGGAGGCGCCAUCCAGAGAUUCCCUCCAGAAGUGUGAAGGUUUUUCGGUGCCAAUUGCCGCUAGUGAAUUCGUUUUACUCGAGUAAGCCACCUGCGGAAGAUGGUGGUGAGCAACCCUUGUCAGCCGGAGCAUUGCUCUGUAACUGGUGUGGUACAUGGAAAGGGGACAAGAUUUGUGGUAGCUGUAAGAGAGCACGUUAUUGUUCUGCGCAACACCAGGCUGCUCAUUGGAGGUCCACUAGCUCUAGCCACAGAAUCCUUUGUCGACAAUUGGAGACAUCUGGAGAAGAAUCCGUAUCAGCUGCCAGCAAUUCCCUCUGGCCAGAAUACGAGAUCACAAAUGUGGAGGAGUGUGAGUUAGAAGACGAGACGCCUAAUGAUGAUGGAUCCGUUGGUCCAUUGAUUUCUAGAAGCCGGGCUGAUGAUUCUCUUGGGCAGUUGCAAACUUAUUUUAAUGGACAUGGUGACAACCAAAGUUGGGCCUCCUUCCAGGAGAGCAUAUCUUUGGCCCCUGACCAAGUUGUGAGGUACUCCAGAUCUGCUCAGGCGAAGCCAUUAUGGCCCGUUUCAAGUGGUCGACCAUCAAAAUUUGAUAUUCCCAAGUGUAACUAUUGUGGUGGCAAUCGUGUUUUUGAAUUUCAGGUCUUGCCCCAGCUAUUGUAUUUUUUCCAUGUGCAAGAUGAAGAAAAUUCUCUCGAUUGGGCCACGAUUGCUGUCUACACAUGCGAGGCCUCGUGUGAAGGCCCUGUGAGUUACAAGGAGGAAUUUGCUUGGGUUCAACUUGCUUCUCAGUCUACAUAA